ACAGCUGCAACUUUAAGACUCCGCACGCCUCCCCUCCGUCAGCUCCAACAAUGGUCUUUUCCAGCUCCGCUUAUCGCAGCAGAAUUUGUAACGUGCCAUAAUUUCCUCACCGGUGUGUGUGCGCGAGCGUCUGUGUGUGUAUGUGUGUGUUUGUGUUGGCCCCGGAAAUCAGAUGUCUAUACCCGUCGUGGCUAAUUUGGCGAUUAUUCCCGCUCUUAGGCUCGUGGACAAUGUGCGCGGAAGAAGGGACCAGCCGCACCUUCCCGAUCGGAUCCUUGUCGCUUCUCUGCCCUGAAGAAGCCUCGUAGGAUUGUCCGCUUCAUGGUUGCCAUAGCUGGAGACUGCAGUUGUCAUUGAUCCGCUGCCAGCCACUCAUAGUGAAGGAAUAAAUUGUGAGUAUGCACACUGUUGCCGCCGGUUUUGCGUUGACCUACAUUGCCCUCCUUUCCUGCAUCCUCAAGGUGAUUUUCUGCCCUCCUCGCUUCCUCAACUCUGGACUUAUGGGCUUUACAUUUGGGUGAGGAGGUGCAGGGGGGGAUGGAUGCAUAGUGUAUGUGGGAUUUCGUGUGUGUGGUUGACAUUGUGGGUGCUCUGCAGGAGGAGAGAGGAGGAAAAAAAAAACCACACACACUGCUGGGGCUGUCACAGUGGAGAGACAGAGGAGAGAGUUAAAGGGGGGAGGAUGCAGACUGAGAGGCUGGCAUGAUGUAAUGCACUUGAGACAAUAGCCAAGGAUUCUCCCCAAUUAUCAUUUCAGAGGAUGAGGAGGAGGUGUACAGCCGCAGUCAGUCUAUGUGUGUGUGUGUGUGUAAGGUGUGUGUGUGGGGGUAAUAUCAGUAAAAAGAAGAGCUGUCAUAGCAGGAACAGCUGCCCCUCCUAUAAACAAUAUUAUUAGCGGCUAUUAUAGAGAUGGGGAGAGCAUGAAUCUCCCUUCAAACCCCAUCAAUCCAUAUCCCCACACACAUCCAGACACACUUUUCAUGAUGUACAUGAAUGAAUGAAUGAAAAGACUCGCUCACAUACAUGUGCCGGCUUCAUUCAAAGCUGGGGGGGUUAAUCGCUGCAGGAAAAGCCGGUGUCUAAGCUCUAAUCUUUGAAUUAAAACCAACGGCAUUCAAGAAAAAUGCAGUGGGUUUGAUUUUUCUGAAGUGAUGGCCUGAGUGCACCCCAUUUUAACGCCUCAUUCUUGGUUUGCUCCAUCAUUCAAAUACAGCCCGUUGCCUAAUAUGUCUGGUGUGGAGACCAAUUGCCUCACAGCACCAUGCAGUAGGGUGGCUACCUGUGGCAGCAGCUUUUAUGUGCAUACAUUAAAGAUUUAAGAACAUCUCUUAUUGGGUACACACUCUCCCUGUUUAGGCUCAAUGAAUGAAUGAGUUAAUGAAUGAAAAUACACUCAGAGAGGAUUUAUAUUUUGGUUUUGAAGGAAAGAUUGUUCUGAAUUGUGUCCCUCCUUAGCUGGUUUUAUUUGCUCAGUAAACUCAUGUAUCUUUAUGCAUUAUGAUUGCAUGAAUGCUUACGUUAGCUAAAUGGGUACUUGAUUUACACACAGCCAUCAGCUUAGCAGUGAGAGGUAUGUUUAACAUGUUGUUCCACAGCAGUAGAAAUGAACAUGCAGCCACAGGUGGAGAGAGGAGAGCAGGGAGAGGAGCAGAUGGACCAAGUGAGUUUGGAGAGUGACAGGCUAGCGAACGUUUUAAACACUUUCACAAAUGUUGAAGAGUUAAAUGACCCCAAGUUUCCACUGCGCCCAAAACGGCUUCAAUCCGGAGAUUUUCGCCGCCCACCAAUUUGAUACUGGGUCCGUUUUUGAGGCGAAUUUCGUGGUGGAUUGAAGACAAAAAGCAUCGGAUUCACGUGUAAUUGCGCAAUAACGAGUUGUCUCUAUAAAGACAGCCACAUAACCAUAAAAGCAGUAGAUUGUGUCCUUCCAGAGGAGGAAAUCCACUUCUUGACUUCUAGAAUCAGCAUCUCCUCAUCCAUGGUGUCGUUGGGGUGAAAAGCUGUUAUAAACCUUUCACUUGUUUGUCCCCGCCCAUUUGCAUGGUGUGAAAUAUGAUCGGCCAAAGAAGCCAGAUUUUUUAUUUUGCGUCUGUGCCUGACUUCCUUUCCAGCACGGGUUAAUCUGUGCUAAAUUUAUCCGGAAUGCUCCGGCGUCUUGAAAAAAUAGAACUCUUGUAAUCAGGGGUGGAGUCCAGCGACCUGCAGCGGAGCGGACAGAAGCUGGUGGAAAUUGACACAUUUACUUGAAUGGCUAUGAUAAUCUACAAUCAGUGGAUAUGGCCUUUUCGUAGCCGUUCCGUAUGCGGUGGAUAUCGGGGGUGAGGGUGGCUUCAGUCAAAUCAACAAGGAAUCGUAUUUCUUUAUGAUGAUCUCAAUAUUAACCAAAGUAAUGGUGGUUUUUGGUGUGAUCAAGCAUCUCUAUGUACAGUAAAAGUCACAACAGUCACCAUGUUAGAAAUGCUAACACUAUUUUAAGAUUUUCAUUUAGAAGUAGUGAUUUUCCCAUGAUGCACCUCAGCAUUAUGUUGAUUCAUGCUGCAAGAAGCAUCAGCAGGAGUUGACAGUUUUUCAACCCAAAUAUGGUUUCUACAAGAUUUUUUCUGGUUUAAUUUUAUCCCCAGUGCUGAUAUGCUCGGCUGUUGAGGUUGUCCCCGCAACCUUUUGCAAGAAGUAGCCUCAAAGCUUGGUGAUUUUGGGGUCUAAAAAUGGGGAUCUGAGUCCAUACUAGAACCAGGCAGCGAUCCCUUCCACUUACCUCACAAUACAAAUACUCCCCUGAUGUGCUCAGUAUGUCUGGUGCGCAGGACGGUUACUCUCAGGUGCCGCACAGCAGGGGGUCUACCUGUAGCAGGAGCUUUAAUGUGCAGAAAGUGUUCAUUGAAGGGCGUCUUCUCAAAUCCAUUUUUGACCGUUGCUGGAAACGUAAAGACGGAGGUAGAAUUCAGUUGUCGGUGGCAGGCGGUACGGUUCAAAUCCGUUUCAACCCGAGCUUUAUUGCCUUCUUGUUCACCUCGAUCUGUGCUCUUAUUCAAUCUCUAUCGAUUGAUGGUUUGCAUGACCUUGCAGCAGGGGAUUGUGGGCGAUGUUUGAGGCUACACGCCGUCCUUUUCAUGCUUUCAUGUGCAUGCAGACUUAUUCUCUUUUUCAGCACACACACAGAACCCCACACCCAUGCAUCCUCCUCCUUUGCACAGAUGCUGGCGCACAGGUGGAGGUAGAGCACACUCACACACAUGCACACACACACUCACUUGAUGCACAGCCUCUUCUCCUUUUCCCUGAUUCCCUAAUGGCAGCAUGCUGGGUGUAACUCUACACCCUCACCAUUCUCAUCCCUGCUCUGCUUCAUUCACGUUUUUACUCCUCAGUAUGUCAGUGUUCACAAGAAGAUUUUACUCUCAGCAGAAGACAGAAGACAAAUAUUGUCAGAUACUUGUCUUCAUUCAUGUGCAGAUGUAUGUUGUCAUUGAACCGCUUAUGGUUUGGGCUAAAAAUUUCCCCCUUUAUUCAUUUUGUGUAAUUUUUAGCUGUAGAGUAGCAAAAAUUCUUCUGAUACUUAAAGGGAUAUUGCGGUGUAAAAUUAAUUUAGGGUCAAACACACUGUAACACCGAGUUAGACACUCCCUUGAGAGAUGAAUGUUGCCGACGCUUCCUUCUCUAGCUAUACCAACUUUAGUAACGACCACGCGAUAGCAAUACAGAGAGCCAUGCGCUCAACCAAAACUCCACAAAUAUAGCCACAAAUAAUGCUCAGAACAGCACCUAACUUAAUCAACAGUACAUAUAGGGUCCUAGCCAUAGUACUAGCCACCAAACAUCUUUUUAGUUUUGCCUAAUUUCUUUAGUAAAGAGACUAAACACAACUCACCUACUCUCUUCCAGCAGCCGCUUGUUUGUAGUGAGACCUCAGGCAAGGCCAUUAUGGACUGCUGUGGGGUGACGCAGCUCAAGGAAGAACAUUUAUGAUUAUUACUUUAUCAUUUCCUUGAAGUAAUAAUCACCAUAUUAAUCAUUUUGCACUGCAGACACAGUAGUUCUUCUGCCUUAGCGUCUCAGUCUGAUUGCAUUUCCAUCAGGAAAUGAUCAUAAAUGUUCUUCUUUGAGCUGCGUCACCCCGCUGCAGUCGAUGGACUCGGCUGCUAGAAGAGAGUAGGUGAGUUUUGUUUCGUGUCUUUGCUAAAAAAUUAGGGAAAGUUAAAAAGAUGUUUGGUGGCUAGUGCUGUGGCUGGGACCCUAUAUGUACUGUUGAUGAAGUUAGUUGCUGUUCUGAGCAUUAUUUCUGGCUAUAGAGUGGUGUUUUGGUUGAGUGUGUGACUCUUUGUAUUGUUAUUGUGUGGUCGUUACUAAAGUUGGUAUAACUAGAGAAGUAAGCAGUCGGUGACAUUCAUCUCUCUAUUGGCUGUCUAACUCGGUGUUAUGGUGUGUUUGACCCUAACUUAAUUUUACACCGGAAUAUCCCUUUAAUACAACACCAUUAAAAAUAAUUGGAAAAACCUAAGCAUCAUCUGUAUUUAGCCUGCUAUUGCUGUACUCAGUGUAACUGCUGUGUUUAGCCUAUUUAUAGUUGGUUUUGGCCUUACUAAUGCCAAUAGCUAGCUGUUGUGCUAAGCCUAGCAGCUGCAAUAUUUCAUUUAGCUGCUGUUAUAUUUAACUGGCUAAUGCUGCUGUAUUGAGCCUAGCUUUUAACUGUUUUAACCCUACCAGUGUUAACAUAAAAAGGAGCUACUUUGUGACUUUGUUUUCAACUCCUAAACUGGAGCACAGUCAGCUGGUGGGUUGGACAUGGGGUUUUAUCCCGAGGUAAAGAAAAUGGAUGAUUAAACAAGCUUCUGCUGUACAUGGUGCUACCUCCCUGCCUCAAACAACCAAGAAGACAUCCCAGCUCAGUGCUUUUUUUGUUCGUCUUGUGCAACAUUUUAUCAUGUGAGAACAUGCCUUAGUUUAUUAGUUUCCAGUAUCCAAAAGGCUUGUAAUGUCAUACAUUGACCACAUUCUCCACCCAAACCACAUCAGCUAGCAUCAACCCACAUUAGCUCUGCACAGACUUGGUCUAAUAGAUAUGAAUGUGUGUUUCUUUGGUGCAGGGGGCCAUAUGAAUGGGAUUUCUCAGCACUACAUGCAAACUUGCUUUUUCCAUUCAUAAAAAUGCUGUGUCAUUCUUUCCUAACCUGGAUUGGCUGCAUGUAUACGGACGCCAAAGUGGGAAAGAGCAGUGUGCAACAGUUUCCCCAUUACCCUUUAUGCUCGUCAGUGCAGUCUGUGGAUGCACUUUGUGCUCAGCGGCAUGCCAAGAAAUCAAACACAGACAUUAUUUAAAAGUGGAGUUUCCCAGUAGUCAGCUCCCUUGGCAACCACAUAGCGGCAUGUGUAAUCAGCCUUUUACUUCUGCAUUAUCAUCAAAACAACUGGUCUGACACUUGGACUCAUGUUGUGAGAAAGUGAGCUGUAAUGAGCCUAAUAGGGUGUUACAAAUGUUUGAAGAGUUGACCUCAGAUUUGAUAAGAGACUGGCUUCCUAAUGGGACUCCUUUUUUUUGUUCUCCUCGUUUCUAAAUGACCAUCUCCUCACUUAAUGAGUUACAAAAUUCCACGCUUGAGGAUAACAAGCUCUAAACGGACUAUUAAAUAAUGCCCGUUUUAUUUUUAGUCUCCAAAGUCAGCUCAACAAGCAUUCAGUUGUACCGCUUAUCUCCAAAGCCGCAGAGCGUCGUGUUCACUCCUCUGCUCACUCUGCUCUCCGAGCGUCUUUUGAUGUUUCCCAGGUGGUGAAUGGUGCUGAAUUUUCCUCGCAUUGCCAUACAUUGCACAGGAGCAUGCUGUUUUUCUGUGUGUGCUGCCUCUUAUCUACCCCCACAAUUGUCCCCAUUAAUAAGAUUAACUGGAGACAUUCAGGAAAUUAGCUGCAGUUGGCUGAUUUGUUCUUUAGGGGAAAAUGGUGUUCGACAUAAGUGGUGAAAUUUACAUCUGGCUUGUAUAGACUGUUAACGUCUGGCUUUAGUUUUACUCAGCACAACCCCAUGCUUUCAGGGCUUCGUUUUCUGCGCCCUAACAAUAGAUAACAAUCUGAAAGGGGUUUAUUUUUAGAAGAUCCAACCCAGACUUGAUUUACUUGAAUAACGUAAGCCACAGCAAGAAACUUGAAGUUCCAUAAAAUCGAAUAAUUUUGAUUUUAAAUGAGGCAGGACGAGUGGAGGAGUACAUGGCACGCUACUGCUGGAAAAGAGGUUUUUGUUUCUAAAUGAUGAGGCUUUUUAAAAAUCUUACCUCCUACAGAACAUCAGUGUGGGGCAGCUUCGGUAUAUUAAAGCUGGUGUAAUCAAGAGCUUUGUUGUUGUCUGGGGAGCAUCUGAAACCACUUGUUGAACAUUAAAAUUGGUGAGAUUGCAGCUUUAGUUUUCAGACAUCGUCUGAGUUACACAAACAUGGUGCAUCUGAGGUUUGUAGGAUUUGACCUUCUGUCUCAAUCUCUCGUGGUUUUUGGCUGUAAAGAAAGAAUAAACUGCAAAAACUUGCGUGGGAUCCGCUGUGUUUGUGAGAAUUUCUCAAAAUAUCAACUUCAAGGAAAUAUAAACCACAUUAAACGUAUCGAGGUCUUAAUUCAAAGUAUAACAAACCACAAAAAAGAACCUUAUUGGAACUUUUCCAUGUCAGUACUCCACGUUUACAUAGGCAGAAUUUUAAAUCCGAUUAAAAAUUUGAGGGAUCGGAUAAUCUGAAUCCACUGUUUGAAUGGGUGCAAAAUUAACUAAUCCGAUCAUGAUGUGCGUAUACAUGCGCCAAGUUUUAUUCAGAUUAGAAGCAUUUGGACAUAUGCAGAGUUGUCUGAUUUCGCUAAAACAACUGCAAUUAUGUUGUAUUUAUGCCUGUGCUGUCAACAAACCAACAAACGCGGUAGUGGCUCACUCACUUGUUCGAAUUCAGGAUUUUUCUCCUGUUAAAUGUUGUCACUGCAUGGCGCCCUUGUGUACUUAUUUUACUGUUCUGUCAAAGGGUUCACUGUGCGUGCCGAUGUGACAUCAUUACACUGUAUGCACGCCUUGUUAUACUAUCGGA